AUGUAUCGAGGCGGGACGAAGUGGGAGGGCCAGGCUGCAGCGCGUUGGACAUCCCCCGGCGGCGUCCACCCGUCCCCUAAGGCGAGCAUCAAAGCCUCUCGAUGGGACAAGCGCGCAUGGGCGUUCUGGGAACGACUUUUGUCCAAGCGCUGCCUGAUCUUGACGGGCCGUCGCGUCUUCUUCCAGUGGCGCUCCACCGCGCCCCGGCAUGUCCGAGGACAUCCUCGCUUAAUGCUUGCACGGUCCACGCUUUGCAAUGAGGACAUGGAAAUAGUAAAACUAGCCGUGGUGGAAGCUGAAGCGAGCAUCUACCCCGUACGAGAACGACACGCCCAGGCGGCAGCCAGUCUGUGGAUCAACAUCCACACGCUGCCCGGAACGCAUCCCCUUGCCAUGAAGAAAGUCCGGACCACCGUACGAUUCGUAUCUCCGCUGCAGAAAAUUGCCCGCGUGGCCGAAGGAGUACGAGUUGACCGGAUGGAGACAAUCCAGGAAUACGCCGUCCCGCCCUGGGUACCUCGCCUACGACCGACGCUCGAAGCCGAUCGAGGGAAGGCGGUUUAUAUGGUCAACAAAAUUUCGGGAAUCGUGAUCGCAACCAGCUCAUCCGUAAAGAAGGGCAUUGUUGGCAUGGGCGGCCUUGCACGGGAUAUUCUCUUCAACAGAACUAGCGAGACUGUGACAAACUAUGCUGUUGUUCUUGGGACAAGGGAAGAGCAGAACCCAUAUACAGCAGAGCUAGCAGCCAUCGCAAUGGCCCUGGAGAAGUUACCGGCUAGCAUCUGCCACAGGCACAUCACCGUGAUCACGAGGAACCAGUCAGCGCUGGCAGCAGUUGGACAGCCGCGGCAGCAAUCCGGCCAAAGCAUCAUACGGCAAAUCUACGACUUGGCCAGGCUGCACCGACAAAGAGGGAACUCGGUCAACUUUCUGUGGAUACCAGCGGAGAUUGACUUCGCACUGGGGUCAGAUGCCAAGGCAGCAGCCCAGAGAGCGUCGAAGCAAGGACGCACACCCGACUCCCAAAUACCCCAGGCCAAGUCUACCGCGAUGAGGCUGGCAAUGGAAAGACAACGGGCGACAAGAGUUCUACCUGUAAGCGUGGGCAAGUUCUCAAAGGCCAUGGACGCAGCACUACCAGGCAAGCACACGCGCCAUCUCUAUGACAAGCUGAAGCGAAGGGAGGCCUGCGUAUUGGCGCAGCUCCGAACCGGAAUGGCGAGACUGAACGGUUUUUUGAGCAGGAUUGGGGCGGUCGAGUCAGACCUUUGUGCCUGUGGACAAGCGAGGGAAUCAGUGGAACACUUUCUUUUCCGAUGCGUGAGAUGGACAGCUCUGAGGGAAGACAUGCUGCAAUGCACAGUGGCAAGACGAGGAAGCCUCUCGUUCUAUCUGGGAGGGAAAGCGCCAUCAGAUACAAGGCAUUGGUCACCAGAUAUGAAGGCAGUCCGGGCGACGAUCAAAUACGCAAUGGCAACAGGAAGGCUGGAGCUGAAUGAGGAGGAGAGUCUAGACCAGUCACAGUAG